AAUACACGAAACUAAAAUAUAUAAAAAAAACUGUAACAAAUUUGUGUGUGUGUGUGUUUCGGGUCUUUUGGGCAGUGCAAUAAACAUCAACGGGAAGUAUUAAGCUGGAAAGUUCUGUAACUUUUUGACCACAUUCCUCCACAUAACGUAUACCGUAACAUAGGUCGCGCACUCUCGUCCUCUGACUCUCUCUCUGUCUCGCUCACACAUACUCACUCAGUCAACUUGUCGUUUUCCAACACUCGAUUGCAUUUGUCAAGUGUGAUAACGGUUAGGCGCCUAAUGGCAAGUUCGCUCAACAAGACGAGACACAGGCGCAGAUUGGCUGCGAUCUCGUUUCUAUCGAAUAUCUCAUUAGAUGGCACACACCGGGACACAAAAUUUGGCGCAACAUUCGGCAGCAGCGUCUGCACGCAACAGCAGCAGCAGAAGCAUUACAACAACAACAACAGCAAAGGCAACGCAACGGCAGCGUUGGGACUCGGCGCCGGCGGCUAUCAUCAGCAUUAUCAACGAAAUCAUCAGCAGCGCAGCAGCCAACCACAGCAGCAGCAACAACAACAACAGCAGCAGCAGCAACAACAACACCAACAACAACAACAAAAUCACCAACAACACCAGCAGCAGAAUGGUAAGUGCGGCGGCAACGCAGCUGCGCUGCUACUCUGCAGCGCCGAUGUGCACAUGGGCAGCGGCAGCGAUGCCGGCGCCGGCCUUUGCGGACUGGAUGACUGCGCUUCCGCAGGAGUGGGCGGUGGCAGCGAUGGUGAUGGUUUUAGUGAAACUGAAAAUAUGGGUCAAUACCUGAUGAAUGUGAGCGGACUGCCCUCCCAGGCUGAGAGACGCAACAUAAAGCGGCCCACCUCCUGUGGCCGCCAGCAACAGCAGCACCAGCACCACCACCAGGCACCGGCCCCUGUCAACAAUAAGCAGCGGCAGCAGCGUGGCGGCAGCGGCGGUUCCGGUGCCGAAAGCGGCAGCGAUUCGGACAGCGUCAAGAUACCACUAAAGGUCUCCAAUUUGGGCAGCGGCCUUAAACUACUGCCACUAAGGGAACGAACCUUUAGCAAUGGUGCCAGUGAGCAGAGCCUGCAGCCGGAGAGACGAGCGCGUCUAAAUACGGCGCCUGGCAUGCGAGGAGCGGCGGCGGCGGCGGCGGCGGCCAGCAAUGCGAGCUUCAUUGGAACUGGCGGCCUGAGGCGCAACUACAACAUUCGCAGCGGAUCGAGUGCCAGUCACAUAACGGAUGACAGCAGCACGGAGAGCUUGGCGCCGGCUGGCAACUUUGCGGGCAGUUUCCGCAACAGUCUCAGCAAAUCCGUGCAAAUUACCGACGGCCGCAAAGACCCGGGUCCGGGCCUGGGACAACGUGGUGAGCGCAUGGUGUUGCUAUCACGGAACGUGCCAUUUGUUAUAUUCUCGGCGUUUCCGUACCACAAAGGCAAGAACGGACGAGCUGAGUUCCGCAAGGAGGAUCGUCGGCGUCGCAAUACAUCCACUUCACGCCCCUUGAGCUCUAUCAACGAUGCACCCUUUGAUCCCUUCGAUUUACUUGGCAUACAGAAAGCUGAAAGCGGACAGGACAUUUCGUACGGACAUUUACUUAUACCAUCCCGACAGUACGAGAAGGAGCGCAAGAAGCACGGCAAUGCAUCGACUAAUCCCUCAAUUUUCGAUAAUCAAAUGGAGAUAACGAGCACAGCGGCUCUUAGAAAUCAUGGCAUAGCCAGCACAAAAACCAUAACCAAACAUCAAGGCAAAUGGUGCUUCACAUACGAGAACAAUAAUCGCAACAAUGCAGCGAGUCCUACACCCGACCUGAAGCUGGACAUGGACAUGGAGAGCAUUAUACUGAGCGGUGACUCGACGCGUGGUCUGCCGUAUCAACAGUAUUCGGCUAGCAUUUUAGAUGAUCCCGAGCUCAUUGCCGGCAAGCAUCGCACUUUGCUAACGUUUACCUCGUACAUGACUUCCGUAAUUGACUAUGUGCGUCCAUCGGACCUAAAGAAGGAGCUCAAUGACAAAUUCCGGGAGAAGUUUCCUAGCAUACAGCUUACCUUAAGCAAACUGAGAAGCAUCAAGAGGGAAAUGCGUCGCAUUAACAAGCUGGACUCACGCAUCGAUUUGGUGACCAUAUCGCAGGCCUAUGUUUACUUCGAGAAGCUAAUUUUGGCCAAUUUGAUAAACAAGAGCAAUCGCAAGCUUUGCGCCGGCGCCUGCCUGCUGCUUAGUGCCAAAAUGAACGACGUCAAGGGGGAUGCCCUGAAGAGCUUGAUUGAAAAGACAGAGAAUGUGUUUCGCCUGAAUCGCAAGGAGCUCAUCUCCUCGGAGUUCGCCGUGCUCGUCGCCCUCGAGUUCAGUCUGCAUGUGCCAAUGCAUGAGGUGCUGCCGCAUUACCAGCGCUUGCUCUACGAAUCCUAGAAUUGGCCCACGCGCUGCGCCGAAGGACGUCUGACGGCGGCAGCGCAGGCGGCGGUAGCCCUGGCAGCGGCUACCACCCGACAUCAUUUGCGCCGCAAGGGCAGUCGCAAGUAGCACCUGGCAUACCUGUGGCAUACUUUCCGGCUGGCCGCGAGCGUGCUAGUACUUAUAUUGCAUAUUUUCUUGGAGGUGGGAAUUUUUAUAUAUCUAUGCGAAACAAUUAUUUAAGUAGCAGUUAAGUUUUGCUAAAGCAAAAUAAUGGACAAAAGAUAGGCAAUGGUAAAAAAAAUACUUAAAACAUAUAAUCCCCCCUAGACCUCUCCGGUAGUAGGCGCUUCCAUACACAAAAUAGCUGUUAAGUGUUUUUCUUUUAGCAAGUUAUUAAUUUUUUUAUUUAACGUUUUGUUAUAGAUCAAGCAUACUGAAU